AUGCUUCACUAUUUCAUUCUCCUCGCUCUAGUUGCCAACACUAAUGCCGGCAUUUAUGCUGAUCUCUUGGCAAUGAUUGGAAUUAGAGAGCCACCAAAAUGUGAAGCUCCUACAACACCUGAACCUGCUGCAGAACCUUGUGUGCCUCAGUACCCGAACCAACCUCAGUAUGCAGUAGCUCCAGCUCCACCAUCUUUGUAUCCAGUGCCUGCCCCAGCAUACCCAAUACCUUCCCCGCCAUAUGUCGUUCAUGGUUGA